AUGGAGGAUAGUAAAGAAACACAACAAAAAGAAAAAAGGAAAAAAAAAAAAAAAGAUAAAAUAUAUAAAACAAAUAAUAGUCAAUAUGGUGAGCCAAAUCAAAUUGUUGUCAAUGGCUUGAGUAGUUGUAGUUCGUUUGGCAAUAUUAUAAAUGAUGGAAAAAGAAAUAAGAAUGAAAAAAGUAAAAAAAAAAAUGUCAUGGUAAGUCUUGAACUUCCAAUAAUUUCAGAGAAAAAAGAAAAUGAAAAAACAAGUUUAAGUAUAAACAUUAAAAGACUAAAUAUGAAAAGGUUAAAUAAUGUAAGGAAUAAAAAGGGAUUGCAAAGUGGUCGAAGUACAGGAAGUACAAGCAGUAAAAGAAAAGACGGAAAACUUGAAAGUAUCAUAAAUAAAUGUAAUGAAAUAUAUAAAAAUAAAAUAUUUGUUAGUGAUUAUAUAUAUGUAUUAGAUAAAUUAAAUAUAGAAAAAAAUAAAAUUACUCAUAUAAUUAAUGUAGCAGGAUAUGAAUGUAAAAAUAUCUUUGAAGAUAUAUAUCAAUAUAAAACAUAUUAUUUAAAGGAUGAUAUAUAUGAUGAUAUCUAUUUUGUUUUACUAGAUUCUUUUUAUUUUAUUAAAACUAUUAUAGAACAAAAUGAAGAUAAUAAAAUUCUUAUACAUUGUAAUAAAGGUAUAUCAAGAUCAAUAAUAAUAAUUAUAUUCUAUCUUAUGAACAAAUUAAAUAUAGAUUAUUUUAAUGCCUUUAAAAUGGUUAAGAAAAAAAGAAAACUAGCAAAUCCAAACAUGAAUCUGAUAACACAAUUACUAACCAUAUUUAAUCAAAAAAAGGAAAUCACAACACUUGUUCAGUCUGACAAUAACAAUAGAAACACAAAUCUAAUCCUAGACAAACUUAAAGAAAAUGAUCAAAAUCAUGAUACUUAUUACAAUCUUAAUCUGUUUAGAAUUGGUGCUAUAAAUGAUAAUCCAAUAUCAACUUACAUAAAUAGAAUAACAAAUAAAACAAAUUCAAAUACUAUAAUUACAUUAGAUAAAAGAUUUAAUUAUAUAUUCACAAUCAAUUUUAAAGAAUAUUUUUUGUUACUAUUUCAAAAGGAAUUUGAACAAAAGUAUAUACAGAUAUAUAAUCAUUUUGUUCUUGUCUUUAAUAAUUUUUUUAAUCAAACUUAUGGAAAUACAAAUAAUUCUAUUAUUAGAAACGAUAUUAUUGAAUUUUUACAAAAUCAUAUAAUUAAUGUCAAAGUCCUUGAUGCAGUUUCCGACUUAGAUCAACAUUAUUUAAAUUUACAAAAUUUUUUUAAAACAUAA